UUCAAUUUUGAAAUUUUUUUACGAAAUAUUUUUCCUAUUGAAACGAAUUUUGAAACAAAACAAAACGAAAAAAAAUGGAAGAUGCUAAUACAAACAGUGUUUGGAAUUUGAAUCAAAUAUUGGAAAAAGAUUUUGAUCAACUUUCAAUAUAUAAAGUAUCGGAUCAACCAUGUGAUGAUAAUAAUGAUAGUAAUAAUGACCAGGAUAAUCAAGAAUCAUCAUCAACAACCGGAAAAAAUAAUAAACAACAAAAAUUAACAAAAGCUGAACAAAGUUUACCAAGAAAUUUAAUAUUAAAACCAUCAAAAACAAUUAAAGAUAUACCUGGUGUUUGGAGUACAGAUUAUAUACCAAGAGGUACACGUUUUGGACCAUUAAUUGGUCAAAUUUAUGAACGUAAUCAAGUGCCGGAAAAUGCAUCAAGAAAAUAUUUUUGGAGAAUUUAUACAAAAUUAACACCAACAUCGUCAUCAUCGACGACAGCGAAAACAAAUUCAAAUGGAACGAUUGUAAAUACAACAACAUCGACAACAUCAAUAUCAUCAUCAUCAUCGACGAUUAAUAAUGUUAAUGACGAUGAAAGAAUUUGUCCACCAAAAUCACCACCAUCGACAUCAUCAUCAAUUUUAUCACCAAAAAAUGGUGAACCAACAUCAACAUCAUCAUCGACAAUAAUUUCAUCAAGUGGAUCAUCAUCAUUAACAACAACAACAAAUUCUAAUCAAACAAUAAUCAAUAGUGAUAAUGUUGAUGAUAAUAUAAAUGAUGAAGCAUCAUCAUUACAAGAAUAUAAUAAUAAUGAUUAUUAUUAUAUUGAUGGUGCUAAUCCUGAACAAUCAAAUUGGAUGCGUUUUGUUAAUCCUGCUUAUUCAUCCAGUGCACAGAAUUUAGUUGCAUGUCAAGUAAAUCAAUCAAUUUAUUUUUAUACAAUCAGGCCGAUACCACCGGAUCAAGAAUUAUUAGUAUGGUAUUGUCGUGAAUUUUCACAACGUUUAAAUUAUCCAUUAACCGGUGAACAAAUGAUGUUACGUAUACAACAACAACAAAAUCCCUUAAUAGAUUCAAUAAUAAAAUCCAAU